CGGGGCAAGGCUGGGGGUUGCUUUAGUGCGAUCUGACGCUGGAAAAGAGAGACGGGAGUCCCGAUCGCUUUAAUACCGGAGAGAUCGGCUGAAGAAAGCUCGUUGAACUCGGGUUUCUUUCGGUGUGAUAACUGGAGAUGGAGGAAGCUGUUGAACUGAGACAAAGAAAGAAUGCAAGCUGUACCGAAGUUGAAGAAAAGACUCUCAAAGAAAACAACGAAAAAGGCAAACAAUCCAAAAGAUCCCUAAGAUAUGUCUUAAUCCCACAUUUUACAAAGCUUUUCUUUGGCUGCAUUACAGCAAUCAUAAGUGGAAUGAUGUAUGCCAUAUAUCUUUCAACAUACCAUGAACGCAAAUUCUGGUUUUCUGGUAGGCCGGAACUUGAACGAGAAAUCACAUUUCAGGGUGACAGUGCCAUUUACUAUUCAUUUUAUAAAGAACUGUUAAAAGCCUCCUCUUUUAAAAAAGGCAUUCAUCAGCUUAUUCAUGACAACAGGACCCUGUCACUAAAAACAAUGAACACUGUACGACAGAUGACUUUGUAUCCCGAAUUGAUCGCCAGCAUUUUAUAUCAGGCAUCUGGCAGUGAGUCAUGUAAUUCUGUUACCGGAGUGAAAAGAAUGCUAUCUAUAUGCAGUAUGUCUUUUCUUUUUCAGAGAUUUAUUUCCCAUAAAGAAAAUGAGCAUUUAAUUAAAGUUCUUGAAGUAAAAUUGGGAUUAAAUACAAAUAAGAACUUCACGGUUAAUUGGCUGCUUUGUCAAGAAUCACUUCAGACACCAUCCCAAGACUUCUUCCUGCGGCUCACUCAUUCUUCGCUAUUGCCAUUCUACCUUUUGGUGCUAAUUAUUUGCCUUGCUUCUGUGGGUCAGGCUUCUUUUAGGAAAAUGGGCAAUAAACAAGUCAACGAGCAAACCACAAAUGAGGGCGGGAUCAACGAGCCAACCACACAUGAGGGCAGGAUUGGUGAAAGACCAGAAGUAGCCUACCAUAUAUUGCACACGGUUUCCUUGGGGUUGCUUUCUAUGAUGAUGGAAGGAAUGAAAUAUGUAUGGACUCCAUAUGUUUGUAUGAUUGCGGCAUUUGGAGUCUGUUCUCCUGAGCUUUGGACGACUCUUUUCAAGUGGAUCCGACUGAAAACUGUGCAUCCUGUUCUGCUGGGUCUCAUUCUGAGUAUGGCUGUUCCAGGUAUUAUAGGGUUUAGUUUGUGGAAAGAGUUUUUUCCUAGGAUAAUGGCAGAACUCUCAGAGCUCCAAGAAUUUUAUGACCCGGAUACAGUAGGACUCAUGACCUGGAUUAAAAGGCAGGCUCCUAUUGCUGCUGUCUUUGCUGGAAGUCCACAGUUAAUGGGUGCAAUCAGACUGUGCACUGGAUGGAUGGUGACAAAUCUACCCCUGUAUAAUGAUGAUGACCUGCAAAAGAGAAAUGAAAAUAUUUUUCAGAUCUAUUCCAAAAGAUCAGCUGAAGAUAUCUACAAAAUACUCACAUCUUACAAAGCUACGUAUCUGGUCAUAGAAGAUUCCAUUUGCAAUGAAGUUGGACCAGUGAGAGGAUGUAGAGUUAAAGACUUAUUGGAUAUUGCCAAUGGUCAUGUUUAUUAUGAAGAAAAUGACAGCUCUGGCUACUCAAAAUAUGGGCGGUUUUGUCAGGAGAUCAAAAUGAACUAUUCUCCAUAUGUUAAUUACUUCACACGAGUAUACUGGAAUAGGUCUUACUUGGUAUAUAAAAUCAAUUCUAUAAUAUCUUUUCAAUCCUGAGAUAUUUGCAUCCUUUGAAGAUGGACUUUGCAUAUUUUUUUAAAAAGCUAAGGUUUCCAACAAACCUUUUUUCUAUUGCAUAUAAAUUGCAGUUGCACACAAAGGAACAUCACUGACUACAUGAAAACUGCAUAGUGUAUCCUGCAUGACUAUUACAGACUGACACAACAAGAGAGAGAUAUGCCCAGAGCUAUAAAGGAUACAACUGUCUUCCAAGAAUUAAAAGACAUCUUUCCAGAUUUUCAUAGCAAUUACUUUUUUUAGUUAUGUUUGUUUAUGUUGGCAAAUACAAAAAAAGGAAUAAGAGAAUUUGCUGGACAUUAUUCUCCAAUUAUAUUCAUAUAUCUGGGUUUGGAAGUGGGGUGGACGGGGAACGUUCCGCUAUUUUCAUAGUUUGGAAAUCCCACUAUAUUCCUGGAAUUUGUUACUAUGGAAGAAGUAGGGAGACAAAUGACUGAGAAUAAUAGAAUGAGGAAUAAGGCUGUGCAGACUAAGCUGUUGGCUGAGAGCAACUCUCUUAAUUGGGGCUGUCUUUUUUAUUAUUAUUUUUAGUAGAACAUUAUUAUACUCUUAUGUUUGGUGAAAGGUUUGGUUUAGGUACCCAGUCAAUAAUAGUUUUCUAAAUAAGUUGAAUUAAAUAAAUAUUUCCUUUCAGUUCUGUAAAUCAUAUAGUUUAGGCACUCUUAUGUCCUAUCUAAAAAAGGUAAUGAACCAACAUAAAAUUUCGACCUUUAAUAAGAAAAAGUUGAGGGCUCAUAUUCUAGAAGUUUAGCUUCAACUACUUGCUACUUUGUGGGGUUAUUCUGUUCAUUGCUUAUGUUUUUGUGUAAUUAUUUGCAUUUAUCAUUUUGUUCUAGCCAUUAUCGGGACAAAUUAUUCAUUGUGGCUUAAUAAGAGUAUUCCACCCAUUUACUCUCCUAUUCAUUGGUUUUAUAAUAUGCCCAUAUAAAUUUGGAUUUGUAAGCCAAAAUAAAAGAUCAGAUUUUGUUUAUGAAUCCUGAUGAAUACUUUGGUAACUGCAGUUAAAUUUUAUUUAUUCCUUAUUUCUUCAUCCAUUUGAAUGGUGGAGCAAGCAAAUCAUAUUUACGUAUUCAUUUUUUUAAAAUUAAAUUUGGAUUUCUGGCUUGACAGCCGAAUGUGGCAAUUGUCUGGUUAAAAUAUUUUUGCAAAAUGAAGUCAAAAUGACAUUACUGACCAAACUAAUAACGUAAAUUGGCUUACUUUCAUAAAGUAAAAGUUCUUAUUAUAUUUUAGUAUAAUUUUGUUCUUCACAGCUUUUUUAUUGUUAAACUUUCUUUUCUACUUUUUUUUCUCUGAAUGUUUCCUGUUUUUGAUCUCAUGGUUUUGAAUUAAAAACAGUUAUUUGAAUGUAUGUCCUGAAGAUGUUCCUAGUGUACUUGCUGAAAAAGUAUUUUAUUCUGAAAUUAUAUUUUUUCUGACUUUAAUAUUACACAAUACUUAACGAAAUAGCCAGAGAGAAAAAAAAUGUGAAUAUUUUAUCAUGGUCUUGUAUGGCAUUUUUAGGGAAGCUAAUCAAUGCUGCCUUUUAUUGUGGAAGUCGAAGCUCCUUAAAAUCCUUCAAAUAAGAAUUUGACAAUGUAAUUGUUUUAUUUUACGUCUAAUUGAGCUUGGAGAUAUCCUGCCAUGGAUAUCCAUACCAGAAGCUGAAAAAGUCAAGAUGGUGCCCACAUCCAUGUACUCAAAGCCCUGUCCUUUUUUUGUAUGUGCAUGUAUUAGUACAUGUAAAAAAGGGUAGGGUUUUGGUCUCAUAGCUAGGAUACCAUUUUGAUGUUUUUGGCCGCUCCCUUUAGGCUGCCCUACCUCCUGCCAUAAAGAAUCACUCCAAAUCAGCUGGAUGUGAAGGCAGUCUAGCUAUGGUAUCUCUGACUCCAUUGAUCACCAGGGCUGAUCUGCCUCAUCUGACUGGGUAGGCAGUGUCCUCUUCCUCCUUCACAGUGCCACGUGCAUCCCUCCCAAAUCUGUCUACUCCAAGGAAGAGCAACUUUCUCAGAUCAGACCAAUCUUCAGUGUAAUCCAAAUCACUUUAAAGAACUUAAUGUAGUAUGGGUUUUGAGUAAAAUUAUCUUAAAAGGGACGAAAAUCUGAAAUGCAUUGAAAUGUAAUUUUCUUUAAUAUUACAGUCAUUUAUUUCUGUA